AUGUACGGGUUGCUGCUAGAAAAUAUGGCGGAGUACAUUCGCCAGACUUACGGCGAGGAAAGAUGGGAAGACAUACGAAGACAAGCGGGAGUGGAACAGCCGUCAUUUUCAGUACACCAAGUCUACCCUGAAAACUUGAUUACUCGGCUAGCAAAGAAGGCACAAGAGGUACUGGGUAUAACAGAACGCGAAUUUAUGGAUCAGAUGGGAGUAUACUUCGUCGGAUUUGUCUCACAAUAUGGCUACGAUAGAGUUCUAUCAGUACUUGGCCGACACAUGCGUGAUUUUCUGAACGGAUUGGACAAUUUACAUGAAUAUUUAAAGUUUAGUUAUCCAAGGAUGAGAGCGCCUAGCUUUAUAUGUGAGAAUGAAACACGCCAAGGAUUAACUUUGCACUACAGAUCGAAACGAAGAGGUUUUGUGUAUUAUGCCAUGGGUCAAAUAAGAGAGGUGGCCCGUCAUUUUUACCACAAGGAAAUGCGCAUAGAGUUACUUCGAGAGGAACUUUUAUUCGACACAGUACAUGUAACCUUUCAGCUGACAUUCGAUAACCGCGCCUUUACACUAGCGUCUUUGGCUAUGACAAGAGAAGAAAAACAUCUGCCUAUUAGCGCGUCCGUACUCUUCGAGAUAUUUCCAUUUUGUAUUGUUUUUGGUUCGGACAUGGUCGUAAGGAGUAUCGGCAAUUCCUUGAUGGUCAUCUUACCAGAUCUAGUGGGCAAGAAAAUAACCAACUGGUUUGAUUUGGUUCGACCCCUUAUCGCUUUUAAGUUCCAAACUAUCCUAAACAGAACCAACAACAUCUUCGAGCUCGUGACCGUGGAAGCUGUGAUGCAUGAAAAGGCACCUGACAAACGAAACGAACUCAUCAGACUGUCAGAUGAAUCUGAUUGCGCAACUGACAAGAACUUACGAUUGAAAGGUCAAAUGAUCUACAUGGACAACUGGCGUAUGAUGAUGUAUCUCGGAACUCCUGUGAUGCCGGACCUCGCUGCGCUUGUGUCCACCGGCCUCUAUAUCAAUGAUCUCUCUAUGCAUGAUUUUAGCAGAGACCUCAUGCUCGCCGGUACGCAACAAUCAGUAGAACUGAAACUCGCUUUAGAUCAGGAACAGCAAAAAAGCAAGAAGCUAGAAGAAUCUAUGAGAAAACUGGAUGAAGAAAUGAAAAGAACAGACGAACUUCUGUAUCAGAUGAUACCAAAACAGGUCGCAGACAGAUUACGUAAUGGAGAAAACCCGAUAGACACGUGCGAGAUGUUCGACAGUGUAUCGAUCCUGUUCUCUGAUGUUGUGACUUUCACGGAGAUCUGUUCCCGAAUCACGCCCAUGGAAGUGGUGUCCAUGCUCAACGCUAUGUACUCCAUAUUCGAUACACUUACAGAAAGGAAUCGAGUUUAUAAGGUAGAAACAAUAGGUGAUGCGUACAUGGUCGUGUCUGGAGCUCCAGAAAAGGAAGACAACCACGCGGAGAAAGUUUGCGACAUGGCCCUCGACAUGGUGGAAGCAAUUACUGACCUUAAGGACCCUAGCACAGGAUCUCACCUCUCAAUCAGAGUAGGAGUCCACUCUGGAGCGGUAGUGGCGGGUAUCGUUGGCCUCAAAAUGCCUCGCUACUGCCUGUUCGGAGACUCGGUGAACACGGCGUCUCGCAUGGAGUCCACGUCCGAAGCCAUGCGCAUCCACAUCUCGCAGACCACGCGCGAGCUGCUGUCGCCGUCCUACGUCGUCACUGAACGUGGAGAAAUUCAAGUCAAAGGGAAAGGUGCAAUGAAAACAUACUGGCUAGAAGAUCGAGAGUCCAGGCCGUCUCUUUCGAAAAUAAUAUCAUCUCAAAUUCAAGCUGUCUCCGAAUUAGAAUGGGAAAGAGCCGCUGACAUCAGAGACAGUAUCGCUGAACAUUCAGCACAACAACUUAAUAAUAAAGAAACUCUGAAUAAUUUCCAUUUACCAAAUUCAAUCAACUCUGGUCCUAACUCCUUAGGAAAUAAUAUCCAAAAUAGUAGUCCAAUAACAUUCCAACCUUCAACUCCUACGUUGAAAAACCAGAAUGGUCCAACAGUAACGUCACCUGUUGAAGAGAGACGGAUGUAUUCUCCUGUCACUUUCCAAGAUGUCGCUCGACGGAGUAUAGCUAAUUCUCCCAAUAGAACUGAUAAGGAAAACGAAUCGAGAUCAACUUCAGCGAGUGUAGGAGGUGUUUGGACGGAUGCAGAAUCCUUGGAACCGCAAAGGAAUCUUGAUAGCUUGAACUCGUCAUUCUGUUCCACGUCCCCUUGCAGAGUCGGAACUGCGCCGGCUCCCAAGGAACGUGACAACUUCUUUACGGAAUCCGUGCAGUCCCUCGCGCACUCGGCGCCCGCAGCGGCGCGCGCUCGCAGCGCCUCGCCCUCGCCGCGCGCCGACGACAUCGAAACCGAUACAGAAUAUCAAGACGCACAAACAGACACACAUAUUUGCACGAUAUCGGAAAACGUCGAACCUCCCAAACAGGGCAGAGUCGGGAGAUUCCGGGCGAGAAUAGCACCAGGACACCACAAAACGUGUACAGUUCACAAACAAUCAAAUAAAGAUUCCCUAAAAGAGAAGCAAAUACCGUCUGGAAACGUCCAACCACACGGUCAUCAUCAUUCGAAGAACGUCAAUCAUCAUCAGUGUUGUGGAGCGUUCGGAAACCCUCACGUACGACAUAAGACUAACUCUAGCUGUCACUUAAUAUAA